UGCUUGCAUAGGGUACUUUUUAUCUUUAAGCUGAUGUAUACGAAUUUGCAUUUCCCCCCCUGCUGCUCCCACCCACGCAGGCAGAUUUUAUCACUGGUUUAACAUGAUAGUUGGGAGCAACUGAGCUAUAGUUUUAAAAAACCAGAGUGUAGUCACAUAAUGUCAACAAGAGACACCUAAUAAAUAAGAAGAUAUUAACAAUUAUUUCCCAGUUACUACCAGGAUGAAUCCAGUAAUAAAAUACAUAAUUUAUGAGGAAUAAAAAAAAUAUUAACAGCGGCUACCUCAUGAUUUACCACGGAGGAAAAAGUCAAUCAUAGCUUUCAUACAGAGGAAGGUAGAAGAAGAUUGAGGCUAUUUGACCACAAGAAUAUUACAAAAUUGCCAGUGAUCAAUACAAUACAAAACACACGAGGUUUGGAUGGCCCUGCAGCCGCAAAUCUAGUUUUAUCUGCCAACUCUCAUCCCGGCCGCUAAACCCUUUCAGCGUUGACAGGGCAGUGCUCUUGUAAAAACUUGCCAUGCCCAAUUUUAAUUGCAGAAAGGAUGGCAUUCGGGCUAUUGCAGAAUGUCAGCUUGAAUGAUCAUAAAAACGCUCUUCGGCACAGAGUCUACCUGGUUCUCACUGUUCUGUUAGCAAAAACAGCUCUAUCUGCCUGGGGGUGUUCUGAGUUCCUUCUCUCCCCUCUCUUUUUUUUUAACCCCACAGUAGCAGAGAUCAAACAGAAAGCUCUACAGAGGUACAAUCAAGUCCGGGGCCAAGGGCCGGAAAGGCUGGUCUCAGGUUCAGACGACUUCACACUGUUUCUCUGGACCCCUGCAGAGGACAAGAAAGCUCUGCAAAGGAUGACGGGGCAUCAGGCACUGAUCAACCAGGUCCUCUUCUCACCGGACACCCGCGUCAUCGCCAGCGCCUCCUUCGACAAGUCCGUCAAGUUGUGGGACGGGAGGACUGGAAAGUUCCUCACCUCCCUGCGAGGGCACGUCUCUGCCGUGUACCAGAUUGCCUGGUCAGCUGACAGCCGCCUCUUGGUCAGCGGGAGCAGCGACAGCACCCUGAAGGUGUGGGACGCCAAGACCCGGAAACUGAGCGUCGAUCUUCCCGGCCACGCGGAUGAGGUGUAUGCUGUAGACUGGAGUCCCGACGGCCAGCGGGUAGCAAGCGGAGGCAAAGAUAAAUGCCUCAGGAUCUGGAGGAGAUAGUUGGGCCAGAAGACAGAAGAUGUGAUUUGUUUUUUUCGCUCGCCGGACACCCUUCGGGCCUCCCUCCCUCCAUUUUCAUGAAGAAGGGCCGUUUUUCAUUAAAGAGCCCAAGACUCGUUCCUGUAUGCAAA